CAAAUCCAGAGUCACAUACUCAUUUAGUUAUUUCUCCUUAAUCUUCUUUGAUCUGGGAUAUUUCUGUAGUCUUUCUUCAUCUUUCAUAACCUUGUUAAGUGUACUGGCUAGUUAUUUUGUAGAAUGUUCUUUCAUUUGGGAUUGUUUGAUGUCUUCUCAUGAUUAAUACAUAUUCGGCAAGAAUACCACAGAAGUGAUGUUGUGCUCAUCUUCGUGCAUAUCAGAAAGCAUAUGAUGUCAGCAGGCUUAUUAUUCCACGUGAUGCUAACUUUGAUCACUUAAUGAAAAUAGUAUCUGCCGGAUUUCUCCACUGUCAAGUUUUUCCUUCUUUUUAAACAAGAUAUCAAUGCAGAAAGCAAAGUGCCAGCAACUUUCUUAACAAUAUUUACUUUAGAUUAUUCCUUUCAAUGAAGCGAAAAUGGUCUUAAAAACUGGCCCCUAAUAGAGCUCUUGAAUGAUUUUGACAUUACCAAACUUUUCAAAACACGUAUUCAUUCAUUCAUUCAGUCAGUCAGUCAGUCAGUCAACAUGUUUAUUAAACCUUAGUGUCAAACACUGUACCCUGGCACUAAGAAGAUUUUACAAAUUAAAGAAAAAAAGUGUCUGACUCAACAGAUUCAAUUUAGUAAAAAAGAAAAAUAAGCAAAGAAAUACAUAUACCUUAAAGUGAGCAUAUUGAUAGAAAAAUACAUAGACAAAGGAGGUCGGGAGUGGAGGGAAUCUACUUUAGAUAAAGGGGGGGUGGGUGAGGAAAGAACAUUCUUAGGAGAUGACAUUUUAAACUAAGACCUGAAGUUUAAAAGAGCCAGUCAUGCAAAGAGCAAGUCAAGAUAGCAGAUGAGAGUGGGGGGAAAACCUAUCCGGGCAGUGGGUCUAAAAGGUAAUGAAGGAGAAUGCAAACAUAGAUCUGAGUGAGCGUAACGAAAAAGGGAAUGAUUCAAGAAGCCUUAUCCUAUAGGACAGAAAGGAUGUUGGGAUCCUAUUCCAAACUCCAUGGUAAACCACAGAAGGGUUUUCAACCAGGGAGUGGCAAGAUUCAAAAUAUCCACUCUGACUGACAUGCAAUGUCAACUAGGGAUAGGAAGCACCUAGCUAUGAAAAUAAAUCUCGCUCCUAAAAAGAGGGGGGAAGCACAGGUGCGUUUCUCAGGGGCUGAUUGAUUCUAGGUGUGAUCUAGCCCAGCCCACUAAACCCAGGCCAGAGCCUCGGAUGAGGAAGCACCGGGUUUUCCAGCUGUAAGGGGACUGGGGAUGGAAUGCAGGGCUCAGGGUCGGGCCCCUGGGAGAGUCCAAUUCUGGCUGUGACACUCAGUCGGGGCGUGAUUUAACCUUUCUGGCUUCCAAUUCCUCACGCAGACAACUGACAAUACUUGCAACUGUCGUCGUGAGACGUGAAGGGGAGAAUGCACGGUGAAAGUCAGUAUCCCCAUUUUAGAGACCGCGACAGCGUUAAGUCCGGGAAGACAGGUACGGCCCCCAGUUGGUCAGAGUGGGGACUCGAACUGGGAUCUGUCGGCCGAGAGCCCGCGGCCCCUCACGCCGGCAGCUUGAAGAUCGGGCCCGGCUCCGCCUCGGGCGCGGUGGCCUCGGGGCACUCCGGACGACACCCGCUUGCCCGCCGCCAGGGGCCAAGGCCGGGAAGGGGCCGCGGCGCCGCCGGGGGUGUGUUGAGGCUCCGGUUCCCUGAGGAGAAAGCGCGGCCUGCCCCACUGACUGGAGGAGACGCCGCGGCACAGGCAUCUUUCUCCUCGCGGCCGCGACCCCCGGGCCUAGAGCCCCUUAACCCACACCCCGCCCUCAGGGCACCGGCCUUUCCCCCAACUAGAAGCCGGAGGAGGCUCCCCAGACAUGUGCCGCCGCUACACUCACCUGGGAUGAGAAGAACGUCGAACAGACCCACUGACCACGGACACCGAGCCCCCUCACUCAGCCCCCGUACUGAACAACGGCCCCUAGAGUCGCCUCACCACUUCCGACCGUCGCGAAGGAGCACGCCCAUUGGCCAGGGGCGGUCCGGCUGUCGGCCCAUUGGAUAG